CAGGUGUACAGUAACAGAAGGAAAAUGUGCUUAACUUUAACAUUGAAUUUUGCUGAUCUAUUGUGUAAAUCUGGUCUAAUUGUGAGCUAUUUCUGCUCGUACAUUUGUCGUGAGCUGUUCUGACACUGGGAAAUACAGCUAACAUUUUGGUGUAAACGUGGGGUCACAAGGUUGUUAGAUUUAAAUUGGGCCCAGAUUUGUGUGCUUGUUGUGUUUGCUGAGUUGCACUGGUAUGCUGUUUGACUCCGGAGUUGUUUGUGUGACAGCGUUUGUCUAUGGCGUUGUUAAAGGCAUUGUGAUGUAUGCACACAAACCCUUUCACACCAGAGGCGUACAGAGCAGUGACUGUAUCUAUUCUAUAACCCUGGACUCCUGUUUGAGGGACUCACAAAAUCUCCAACAGGGGUGGUCCAAUAGCAAGGCAGGGAAGUGAGGAGGGGGUGAAGUGGUGGGAGUAAGACAGAGAGAGAGAAAGAGGGAGAGUCUGAGUCUUAAGGAAGUGAUGAUUCCCAUGGGUCUCAAAGAUACCUACCCAGAGGGAACCCAGAGUCCUCCAGUGAAGAUUAACAAAAAGCAGAGGACAGCAGGAGACAUGGGCACACUCAGCUUUGACUAGCAGGUGGAGAAGACAGAGAAAAACAGAAGACAGAAGAAGAAGAAAAGAGAGAUGCUACACAGCAUACAUACAAAUCAACACUCAGCAGAUGGAAAUACGAGUUCUAAAUGUAAAAUGAUCUGAGAUGAAAUGAAGACCUUGCAUUGGACUUAAUUUUCUAAGCACAGGAAGAGAAAUCCUUCAUCACCAGCACACCCAAACUCUGGAACCACCCUAAUCUUCCAUCUUUUACCACCACUCACCCUCAUAUAGCACCAAGAGGGUGGUCUGAUUACUUACCCAGUGAUGCUACAUUCUUAAAUACAUACAAUAGUGUUUUUAAAGCAUCUACCUGAAGAAAGAAGAUGUCUGAGUUCUCCAUGUCUGAGUUGGAGUUGUUUUCUGCUUCCCCACCCCUGCUUCCCCAAUGUGACUACAGUGAGUGGCCUGCAACCCGGGUGGUAAUUCCGGCUGUUUAUCUCCUGGCCUUUGUCGCUGGCACACUCGGUAAUGGGCUGGUGCUGUGGGUAUACCUGGACCGCCAUGGUAAAGGCCGCAGGAACUCCAACUCGGAGCAGCUUCAGGGACCUUCUACAGGUUCUCCAUCCCUCACUUCACGCUCUGUAACAGAGUCUCUAAUCGCUAGCCUGGCUCUGGCAGACCUGGCUUUUGUCAUGACCCUUCCACUGUGGGCAGCCUACACAGCCCUGGACUACCACUGGCCCUUUGGUGGCGCUCUGUGCAGAGCAAGUAGCUACCUGGUGGCACUGAACAUGUAUGCCAGCGUGUUCUCCCUGACUGCACUCAGCGUGGAGCGCUACUGCGUGAUUACAAGAAGCAACAGCAACAACAGCAUGCAGAGCAGAGCCACCUCAAGGGCAUGCUGGGUCGUAGGGAGCAUGUGGGUGGCAGCCUGCAUUCUAGCGCUCCCUGCCCUGCUCUUACGAGCUGUACGAAAGGUGCACCUGGAGACUGGAGAUACCGACAGUGAUUGGCUGGACGAGGAGGAUGGCAGUGGGAACAGUGAGGGAGGUACUCUGGUGUGCUUAUGCGACAUGGACUACUCCAGUCUGGUCUCUCCAGACCUGGACCCCACAGCAAGGGAGCAUGCAGAGCUGAUUUGGUCAGCAGCGUUGGGUUUGAAGUCUACAAUUUUGGGCUUUGUGCUUCCCCUCAUCGUUCUGCUGCUCUGCUACUGUUCCCUGGGGCGACUCUUGUUUCACCACUUUAACCUGGGCCCACGCCCUGACCGCCAGCGCCAGCGCAGGCUCCUUCGUGUCAUCGUCACCCUUGUCCUGGCUUUCUUCCUUUGCUGGCUGCCCUUCCAUGUCAAUAAAACCCUUUCUGCCUUGAUGGAGCUUGACCUCCUCCCUUAUUCCUGUGGCUUCGACCGCUGGUUGGUAGCAGCUCAUCCAUAUGCCAUCUGCCUGGGCUACGUCAACAGCUGCCUCAACCCUCUGCUCUACGCCUGCUGCGAUCCGGCAUUUCGGCGCCGCUGUAGAGGCAUGGUCCGUUACAGCUGGAGGUCAAGUGCAAGACGAGGGGGCGAGGAAACGAGAGCGCUGCCGAGCAAAAGCUCCGCCAUGCCCUCAGGGACAAAGGAGGAAGUGGAAGAGGAUGAAGAGUGUGGCAGAGUAUUGGAAGGUGAGGGAGGAAAGGAGCGUGAAGUCAAUGACGAUAAAGCAAUCUGCAAAGAUGAAUAUUUUGAAAGGCUUUAAAAGACUUUGGGAGGCUUCCAUCUACGUCUCAAGUUGCUUAUGGCAGGAAAAUAGGCCACAUUUUACUGAAAAAAUGUAGCCACCAGUUGAGCAGCUAAGGCAAAGUUGAAGAUUAAAGGCUACUUUACAAAAGAAAUAUUAGCUGCCUUUUGUUUACCAUGGAAGUUGGAUGUUGGAGCUGGGAAUAUAAGGUAUGCUAUAUAUCAGCUAGCAUUGUUCACGGUUAGCGAUAUACGCAUUAUAUGGUAUUUUGCCCAUCAAAACAGCAUGGAGAGAUUUUUCACAACAUGACACUGGCCAGUUCUGUGUGUAAAACUGAACGAAACCAAAAGUAGAUAGAAGUGCUAAUAAACUGUACAAUACAACUGCUAUUUUUACCACUGUUCAUGUGGGUUAUUGAGGCUUUCCCAUCUUUCUGAGUAGGAAAUCCAACCUGUAGGAAAACAUUUGAAAUAUUUUAUAUGGAAUACAGAAUUAGUCUACCAAUUAAUUGUUAUGUUGCACAAACAGCUUAUCUAAAUCACCACACACUUUAGUCAAUUUACAUUGACAUGUAAUAUAAAAAUAAACUUGUUAAUAUUAUAUCAUACUUUUUACUAAUGUAAUGCAAUACUGUGUAAUAGUAUUAAAACGGCAUUAUUAAUAUUUCAAAGUAGGCUUGGGCGAUAUUGACGAAAACAUAUAAUCACAUUGUUGUUUAAGAUUCAGUUAACAAAUAUUUUCAGUUUAGUGUGAAUUAAAAUUAUUCUUCAAGCUACAGUAUUAAUAUAUUUAAGAGGGCUAUAGUUACUGCUCUUGAAUCUUUUUUUCACCUCGUAUCCAGUGUUUUAGGGGGUUUGUGUUUUGCAGUUGUGCUGAAUGAAUAUUCCACACCCAAGACUGUGUCUGGGCUUGUGUGGGGGAGGAGAGGAACUUUUCCAAAGCUGUGAAUCAAUUGCACAAUUCCAUUCUGCUCUUUUCUGAGUAAAUAAAUGCUGAUAAAAACUCAUAUUGCAAGGAACUGCAGUAGGAGCUCUUUAGAUAAAAAUGCUGUUCUCAUGUUUCUCCAGGCAUACUGCUAGUUUCUUCAUAAUACAAGUGCACCAUUUUAUAUAAAACUCUAGUUGGCUGGUUUGACUAGAAAUAAAUAUAAAAGAACAUGGGGUCUAUGACGAUAUUAGCACAGCAAUAGUGGCAGCUAACAUCAUAAGCUUAUUUGUUGUAUUAUUACUUUGGUCACCCUGUUCUCCUUAAUGCCAUUUACUUCAACAGCCUGUAAAUAUUUUGUUCUUCUUUUCAAAUGUUGUUAGAUGAUAUGAAGUAAAUGAUAUCCAUUUUA